AUGGACUGCGCCUCGGCGGUGCCGCUGGUGCGAGCGCACCUGUCGGCGCUGAUGACGUCAGCGGCGGGGGGGCGCGACGCAAUCGACGGCCGGCGGGCGUGGGAGGCGGUGGAGGAUGCGGCCAGGGAGGCGUGCAGGGAGGAGGGGGACCGGGCGGUCAUGGCGGCCAUCCUGCUGGAGAGGGAGGAGGGGCUUUUCGCCUUCGUGGUGGAGUCCCUGAUGAAGCAAGGCAAGGCCACUGCAGCAAUACAGAAAGAAGUGUUGAAGUACAUAGCUGAGCUUCUUGAAGGCCUGGGGCCAACCCAGGGCACCAUUCACGCAGAGCUUGUGACAGAGCAAUGCCUCCGCAUUUUCAAAUCUGCUGAGCUGGAUUCCGUCAAGUCGGCAACGUUAGAACCUGUGCUCGUUGUGCUGGGAUGGCCGCUGGGGCAGGCAGCGUUGCGGUCGAUCGACACAGGAAAAAUGGCGGUGACCUACCAGAGGGCAUAUCAGACAAAUCGAAAACUGUCUGCCACCAUCAAGGGAGACAUUCUACGGGUGUUGGGGAUUUUGUUUGAAAUAUCCCCAAAUGAGUUCCAUGAAGGGCACCAGUUCAGUCGCAGUUGGCUGAGAGAUGAAUGCACCCGUGUGCUGUCUGUGUCUGGGAGUGAGAAGCUCGUUGAGGCGCUGGCCUCUGGGGCGAUGUCAGCACUGGCAUCUGCGUUGAGCACAGAACAGGACAGCCAAGACACCGCCUCCAUCAAUGCAGCCUACCACCAUGUGAAGGGCACCCUGAACCCAGUGAGUGUGCAGAAACAGACCCGCUACAAUGGUGUGAAGAGUGGCAUGCGGCUGCUCGGCAUGUGUGCCACGCGCUUUGGAUGGGCGCUUGUGCAGGAUGCACACCAGUUGGUUGACUGGCUGGCAAAGUUGAGGUCGCACCACAACCAUGGCGUCAGGGAUGCAGCAAACCAGGCCAUUAACGCACUCUUCCAACAG